AAAUGAGACGGUUUGGAAAAGCGUGCCCCAUACACCCACCCACCCACCCAACCACAAUAGGUUUUCCCGCGACCGCUAGUAGUCUUCCCUCACUUGUCAGUUGAAAACCCUAGCUAACGUCGAUGAAGCUUCGAUCUCGAUCGUCUGAUCCUUCUCACAAAGUUCAUUUAGGUAAGAGCAUUAUGGAGGAUCCGGAUAACAGCAUCAGCAGCUGGUCUUCAGAUUCUGACUACAGCGAAUCCAGUCAUGAAGGAGGAGGAGGCAUUGGCAACGACGAACUAGUUGAUGUAUCGGAUUCUGAGCCGCCAAAGAGAAGGAAAACUGGUUCAUGGAGUGAUGAAGAAAUGGCGCUUGAAGUUGAUGAUGUUGUAGUAAAGAAGAAUAAAACAAAGAAGAAAGCAAAGAAGAAGACAAAACCAACUUUAAUGUGGCAAGUUUGGGAAGAAGAGACUGAGAAAUGGCUUGACCAGCAUAUGACAGAGGAUGUUGAUUUGGAUAAUUUGAACGAGAUAGUCGCAGAAACGGUUGGCCCAUCCCCGGAUUUGAUUAUGCCACUUUUAAGGUACCAAAAGGAAUGGUUAGCAUGGGGAUUGAAGCAGGAAGAGUCUGCUUCAAGAGGUGGUAUUCUUGCAGAUGAAAUGGGAAUGGGGAAGACUGUGCAAGCUAUUGCUCUUGUACUUGCUAAACGCGCACUUCGCCCUUCUUCUUCUUCUACAGGCGUCAACACAACUCUUGUGAUAUGUCCAUUGAUUGCAGUCAUGCAAUGGGUCAACGAGAUUGAUCGCUUCACUGCUAAAGGAAGCAACAAGGUACUGGUAUAUCAUGGACCCAACAGGGGAAAAUCACUUGUUGAAUUCUCCGAGUAUGACUUUAUUGUAACUACCUACUCUAUAGUGGAGGCUGAAUAUCGGAAAAAUGUCAUGCCACCAAAAGAUAGGUGUGAGUGGUGUGGGAAAAUGUUUUAUGCAAAGAAAUUGAAGAUUCAUCUUAAAUAUUUUUGUGGUCCUGAUGCUGUUAAAACCGCAAAGCAAUCAAAGCAGUGCAAAAAGAAAGGAAAACUCGGAGAAAAAACGUCUCUUUCAAAGGCAGAUGUAUCUGAUGAAGAGGACGGCGAACACAAGUCAAGUAAAAAGAAUACAAAGGGUAAGAGGAAGAAAGAAAACAUCGAAACAAGUGCUUUUCCAGAUAUUUCUUCAGGUUCUGGAUCUAUGAAAUCUUUUCUGCACUCUGUAAAAUGGGAUCGCAUAAUUUUGGAUGAGGCUCAUUACAUAAAAGAUAGACGCUGUAAUACCACGAGGGCUGUUUUUGCCUUAGAAUCUUCUUAUAAAUGGGCUUUAAGUGGCACUCCCCUUCAAAAUCGUGUCGGUGAACUCUACUCACUCGUUCGCUUCUUACAAAUAACUCCAUAUUCUUAUUACAUGUGUAAAGACUGCGAUUGUAAAGUGCUUGAUUAUAGUUCAAAUUCAUCAUGUCCAAGUUGCCCUCACAAAUCAGUGAGACACUUUUGUUGGUGGAACAAAUAUAUUGCUAAUCCGAUUGCAAAUAGAGGGCGUACUGAUGAUGGUAUAAGAGCUAUGAUUCUGCUUAAAGAUAAGGUUUUGAAAAGCAUACUUCUAAGACGUACCAAGAAGGGCAGAGCCGCAGAUCUUGCACUCCCUCCAAGAAUAAUUUCUCUGAGGCGUGACUACCUUGAUAUCACGGAGAAGGAUUAUUACACUUCACUCUAUACUGAAAGUCAAGCGCAAUUUAAUACUUAUGUUGAAGAAGGAACACUGAUGAACAAUUAUGCUCAUAUCUUUGACCUUUUAACACGCCUGCGACAGGCUGUUGAUCAUCCUUAUCUAGUGGUGUAUUCUAAAACUGCUGUUGCAAGGAGAGAUGAGACCAAAUCAACCAAUGAACAAAUUUGUGGUAUAUGUCAUGAUGUAGCAGAAGACCCUGUGGUGACAUCAUGUGAGCAUCUGUUCUGUAAGUCGUGCCUGAUUGACUUUUCUGCUAGCUAUGGUCAACCUGCGUGUCCAACAUGUUCAAAACCACUUACGGUGGACUUCAGUGCAAACAAUCAUGAUCAACAAGUUCAGAAGCCGAAAUCAAGUUUUAAAGGAUUUAAAUCAUCUAGCAUUAUAAAUAGAAUCCGCCUUGAAAAUUUUCAGACAAGCACAAAAAUUGAUGCUCUGAAGGAAGAGAUCAGAUUCAUGGUUGAAAGGGAUGGUUCUGCUAAAGGAAUUGUAUUUAGUCAGUUCACAUCAUUUCUGGAUCUGAUACACUAUUCUUUGCACAAGUGUGGUGUCAAAUGUGUUCAGUUAGAUGGGUCGAUGACGAUGGGUGCUAGAGAAGCUGCAAUCACAAAAUUUACAGAUGACAGAGACUGCAAAGUCUUCUUGAUGAGCUUAAAAGCCGGAGGCGUUGCUUUAAACCUCACGGUUGCCUCUCAUGUAUUCUUGAUGGACCCAUGGUGGAAUCCUGCUGUGGAGCAGCAAGCACAGGAUAGAAUCCAUCGAAUAGGUCAAUACAAACCAAUCAGGGUUGUGAGGUUUGUAAUCGAAAACACGAUUGAGGAGAGAAUUCUGAAUCUGCAAGAGAAGAAGAAACUUGUGUUUGAGGGGACCGUUGGUGGGUGUAAUGAAGCUCUGGGAAGGCUUACCGAGGCUGAUAUGAGAUUUCUUUUUGCCACCUAGACCCAGUCCGGUUUGGUUUGGUUUGGUUUUAUGUUGUUGGUAGUCAAAUGUUAAUAAUAUAAGUUCAAUGCCUAGUAUAAUGUUGACCUUUAUUACCGGAAUCAGUAAUCUUAACAGUCCAAUUUGGAAUGGUUGGUGUUU